GAUAAAGAAGUCGUCCAUCUCUCCUGCGGCCACAGUCCACUGAAGCUCCCGCUCAGUCAACAUGGGUCGGUGGACGCUGCACAGCAUUUUAUUUCUCGUGCUUUUCAGCAACGCGAAACGACUGACUUUAUCAAGAAUCAUCAGACCCUUUGACAGAUUUACAUCGAUAGACACGUACUGGAGAUUGCACGAAAAACAAGACCUGAGGGACACAGUCAGUCCGUCACCGAGGUUCACUCUGCUGGCUCCGGACCUGCUGAGGACCGACAGCCAGGAGAACAUCUACCUGCAGGCAGAUGGCGUGUCCAACCCCGUCACGGCGUCCAUCACCAUCCAGGACUUCGGGAAGUCCACCCUGCUCCUCCAGGACUCUGUCACACUCAACCUGGAAAAUGGAUUCCAGGCUCUUAAAACCAUACAGCUUCCCUCAGAUCGUCUGAAUCGCGACGAGAAGAAGAACAAGUUUGUGUAUCUGAGGGUGGACUUCGGUGGCCUCCACUCUGAGGAGACGGUGCUGAUGGUGUCCUUUCACUCCGGAUACAUCUUCGUCCAGACGGACAAACCCAUCUAUAACCCCGGAGAUACUGUUCGGUUCAGAGCUUUCACAUCGUCUCCGUUCUUUAAGGCCUUCGAGACGUCCGUCACAAUAGAUAUCCAGAAUCCAGAGGGUGUGGUGGUGAAACAGAUCGACAGGACUCGAGCUAUUAAUGGCGUCUUUGGAGACACGUUUCCUCUCUCUGAAAUGGUCAAUGAGGGAACGUGGAAAGUGAUCGCAAAGUUCGACCACUGGCCGCAGAACACGUUCACCGCCCCGUUCGAGGUGAAGAAAUAUGUGCUUCCUGGCUUCAACGUCACGUUAUCGCCCAGGAAGUCAUUUCUCAACUUGGACGACAGCGAACUGGCCGUAGAGAUCUCAGCCAGGUACCUGUACGGGGAGCCGGUCCAGGGGACGGCCUACGUGGUGUUCGGAGUGAAGAUCAACCAAGACAUGAUCCGGUUGUCUUCAAUGAAGCAGGUGUCAGAUCUGGAGGGUGGAGUCGUCACACUGAGCAUGGACGAGAUCAAGAAAGCUUAUCCAAACAUCAGGUCUUUGGUCGGCAGCUCCAUUUACGUCAAGGCCUCAGUUCUCACCAGCACCGGCAGCGAUUUGGUUGAAGCCGAGAAGACUGGCAUCAAAAUCGUGGAGUCUCCUUACGUCUUGUCCUUCAAAGACACGACAAAGUACUUCAAGCCCGGUCUGCCCUUCGACUUCACAAUUCAGGUGAGCCACCAUGACGGCUCCAUGGCCCGCAACGUCCCGGUCAAGCUGAAUCUCCUGAGCACGCCCCUGAUGGUCUCCUCCGGCACGGCUCCAGCCAGCAUCAACAUGCCAAAAACUCAUCAUGCACAAGUCAUCACUGCUGAGACCACACAGGCUGACCUGAGACCAGAGCAGCAGGCCAAACAGCAGAUCACUGUUCAGCCUUACGUCCCCUUUAACCGGCGCCACCAGAACUACCUGUACAUCUCCACGAGGACCAACAAGGUGUCCGUCGGAGACAGACUGUCUAUGGACCUGAAAAUCGUUACCUCAGAACCGGCACACAGAGAUCUAGUUAAACACAUCACCUACCUGGUGCUGAAUAAAGGCAAAAUCAUUCAGGCUCAGCGUGUGGACGUGACCGGUCAGCUGGUCACCAACAUCGGACUGACGGUCACCCCAGAGAUGAUGCCGUCGUUCCGUGUCGUGGCCUUCUACAAUAUUCACUGGAGUAGCAGGGAGGAGGUGGUUCCAGACUCCAUCUGGGUGGACGUGGUCGAUUCCUGCACUGGAGGGCUGACAGUCGGGCCGGUGGACGGUAUACGUCGAGACUACUCUCCGGGGAAGAGCUUUAGCUUUCAGGUCAGAGGGGAUCCAGGAGCGAAGGUCAGCAUGGUGGCCGUGGACAACGCUGUGUAUCUACUCAAAGGGGACAGACUUACACAGAGGAAGAUUUGGGACGUGGUGGAGCACGGAGACAUCGGCUGCACUCGAGGCGGAGGCAGCGAUGCCCGAGCGGUCUUCUCAGGCGCAGGAUUGCUCUACGCUUCCAGCGCCAGGUUCAAAACCCCGAGCAGACAAGAGAUCAAGUGUCGAGCCAGCGCCAGAAGGAGGCGCUCUGCUGAACUGUUGCAGCGUAAAGCCCAGCUGGAGAGUCUUUACAAGGAGAAGCUCCUGAGCCGCUGCUGUAAGGACGGCCUCAGGGAGGUUCCCAUGCCGUACUCCUGUACCCGACGCUCCCUCUACAUCACAGAGGGCUGGGAGUGCAUCCGGGCCUUCCGCUACUGCUGCGCCACCUACAGGAACCAAGAGUUCAACACCGAGAUUCCCACCACCCCACCACCCACGACCACAGCUCCCUACACCACCACCACUGCUCCGCCCAGGCCCACCUUUCCAUUCCGCUGGGAUGCAGUGGGAUCAUCUAGGGACUUUUCCCGACGUUUGGAUGUACGCCUAGUUCAAGCGACUUCUCGAGGAUUUGAAGAAACAGUGCUCUAUUCAAAGGGAAUGCCAAUGGCAGAAGAAGAUGUGACAGUUACGCAGUCGGCACUUAAUGAGAAGUACGAGGAGGAAGAGGAGUAUGAGGAGGAGGAAGAGUACCUGGAUGAGACUCAAGUGUAUCUGCGCUCCAAGUUCUACGAGUCCUGGCUGUGGAUGGAUGUUAACCUGCCCAGCCAGGUAGACAAGGACGGGCUGGCCUCCAAGAGGGUGGACAGUGCCUUACCUGACAGCAUCACAGAGUGGGGAGUUCUGGCCAUCAGUGCGUCACCUCACACAGGUUUCUGUGUUGCCGAGCCGUACAACGUCAGAGCCUGGAAGCAUUUCUUUGUGGACCUGAAGCUGCCGUAUUCAGUGGCGAGGAACGAACAGGUCCAGAUUAAAGCUGUGGUCCAUAACUACGGCUACGAAGACCUGCACGUGAGGGUGGUGCUGAUGAAGACAGAAAACAUGUGCAGCAUUGCCUUCAAGGACAGACACACACAGGAAGUGACGCUGCGGGCCGGCGCGUCCGUCAUGGUGCCUUACACCAUCGUACCGCUGGUGGUGGGGAAACUUCCUCUGGAGGUGAUGGUGGUCGGCAGAGACAUGAUGGGAGGAGACCGCGUCCAGAAAUUUCUACGGGUGGUGCUGGAUGGAGUGCAGAAGACUGAAACCUGGAGUCAAGUGCUGAACCCAUCUGCAGAGGGAGGAACGCAGACGAUUCGUUUGGGCAAAGUCGAACUGGAGUCAGUUGUGCCAAACUCCAUGCCGGAGACAUUCAUCAACAUCAGAGGCAACGUGUUGGCCGACAGUAUUGAUAACUCGAUCAGUGAGGACUCUCUGGCCUCUCUGAUCCGGAUGCCCGGCGGCUGUGUGGAGCAGAACCUGGCCAGCAUCACUCUGCCGCUCAUCGCCUACCUCUACCUGGAGAGGACCAACAACUGGGAGGCUGUAGGGGUGGAGCGCAAGGCUGAGGCCCUCCGAUACAUCAGGAGAGGCUAUGAGAACCAGCUGGCCUACAGAAAGAGUGAUGGCUCUUACCCCCCAUACAGGAGGGAGGGUGCAAGUACAUGGAUCACAGCGUACGUGGUGAAGGUUUUCUCCAUGGCUAACUCCAUCACCGGCAUCGACAAGAUGCAAGUGUGUGACCCUCUGCUGUACCUGGUGAAGAACAAACACCGGCAAGUUCCGGGGAAGUUCAUAGAAGAAAACCCUGUUUACAGCACGACCAUGACUGGUGGUCUCCGUGGUGACGACCCAGAGACGACUCUGACAGCCUUCGUCCUUAUUGCGCUCGCCGAGGCCAAGCAGGCCGGGAUCCGCUGCACUGAUCCAAAUGUGGACGUGGAGUUAGUUAUGCGUACGACGGCUGAUUACCUGAAGAGAGCUCUGGUGAUGCCGAGGAGACCUUACACUGUGGCCAUCGCCUCGUACGCACUCGCUCUGAUGGGGAACCCUCAACAGUACGACCCGACGGAUUAUCUACUGAGAGCGUCAGUUGCAGGUCGCAGCCACUGGCCCGACAGUCACAACACCUUGUUCACGCUCGAGGCGACCGGCUACGCCCUGCUGGCUCUGGUUAAGUUGGGACAAAUGGAGGCAGCUGCAGCGCCGUUUAAAUGGCUAAACGGCCAGAGGAGGAGAGGCGGAGGCUUCGGCUCCACUCAGUCCACCAUGGUGGUGCUCCAGGCGCUGUCAGAGUACCUGAUUCACAAUCCUCCUUCUAAUCAACUCAGUCUGGACGUGGACGUCAGGAUGACAGGACGCAAGGAAAUCCGCUACCAUUUCAACCCUCAGACCGCCUACGUCGCUCGCAGCUCUCGGUUGCCUGCUAACCUUGAUUUGGAAGUGCUGGCUCGAGGGAACGGACAGGGGAUACUGGAGGUUGUGACCUACUACAACCAGCUGCACGAGGUUGAUGAGAAAGUUCCUUGCAACCACUUUGAGCUCAACGUCACUAUUGAAGAAUCCAGUGAAAAGCCUCCAGCAGAUGUAGAAAAAUCCUACCAGAUCACCAUCAAAGUGAGGUCUUUAGGACCCAGAGAUGUCAGGAUGGUUGUUCUGGAUAUCAGCCUGCCCACUGGCUUCACCCCAGAAAACUCAGACCUGGAGAUGUUGUCCAACUCAGUGGACCGUUACAUCAAUAACUUCCAGAUUGUUGACAACCUGAGUGACAGAGGCUCUCUGAUCAUCCACCUGUUCAAGGUGUCUCACAAAGUGCCAGAGGUCCUGAUCUUCAGGCUUCAGCAGAACUUUAAAGUCGGCCUCCUCCAGCCGUCCUCAGUCACCGUCUACGAGUAUUACAACCCAGAUCACCGCUGCAGUCGUACUUACACUCCCAGCGAGGACGUAGAGGAGCUCACUAAGAUCUGCAGGGACAACGUCUGCCGCUGCGCGCAGGGUGACUGCUGUGUCUCCAAAACCGACAGUGAAAACUUCCCCAACAAGGACAGAGAGACGUUUGCCUGCGCGACAUUACACCACAUUUUCCAGGUGAAGGUGCUGAGUGUCAGCCAGAGUUAUUACGACAAAUACGAAAUGGAGAUCACGCAAGUUAUCAAGCUGGGUGUGGAGGCCGGAGUUGAAGCGGGCCAGACGAGGUUUUUCAUGUCUCACGGAAACUGCAGGGAUGGACUCAACCUGGAACCGGGCUCCCAGUACCUCAUCAUCGGGCCCAAAGAGGACCAGUGGAACAUCGACAGCGACACCAACAAAUACAUCUACAUGUUAGGGAAGGACACCUGGGUGGAGCGCUGGCCCUCGUCUGCAGAGUGCUCCAGCAACUCAACCCUGGAAGCUAAAUGCAAGAGCCUGGAUGACGCCGCUUAUGAACUGUCUGUGAACGGCUGCAGCCUGUAGACGUGUCAGUGAUCAUUUAAACUCUGUAGGUACGGACAGAAAACAAGAUGUGUUUUCGUUGUAGAAAGAAGAACCGAAAGUGGAGUUAUUUAUAGAAACAUGAGGUUUUAUGCAACUAAGAUGAAAAUUAGAAUGAGGAAGAACUAAACACAUCUGAACACCAAACUGCCUCUUCGAGGUUACUGUUGCUUUCAUAUACAGGAAACGAAACACAACAGUCAAAUGGUUGCAGUGCCUGCUGUCUUGUUAGAAGGAACAAGUUCAGUCAAACAAAUGUCAAAUCCCGUUUCUUUACCUUACAACAAGCAGGUGUUCUGUAGCGCCAUACCAAAACUGUUGAGCCAAACUUUUCUAAUUGUUCCAUUAGAUUUACACCUCUUACAAAUGUCUGUCUCUUUAAUGGGUCUGUCCUAACAAAUAUAUCUUAUAUCACUGAUUAUCUAAAUAAAUUAACUACUUCAUAUAAA